AUGGCAGCUGCCACCAUGCCCUCCCUCCCCGUCGUCGACACUGGGCUCGGUACUGCUGCCUUGGACAAAGACGACACCCUCUCCCAAUCCCUCCCCGCCCCUCAAGUUCAUACUCCUCCGACCACCGACGAGGCGAGUCACAAAGACGAUGACGCAGCCUCGAGUUCUUCCCUCUCCGAUCUCGGCGAUGAUAUCGACGACGAAGAAAACAGAAUGAGAUUCGAAGAUGCCGCUCGCGCUGGUGCCGAGGCUGAACAAUUCUCUGAGGUCAAGCCUGAUCGAUACGAAAAUGGAGUCCCCAUCUUCACGCCGACUAUGGAUCAGUUCAGAGACUUCUCACGAUAUGUCAAGGGUGUGGACCCAUACGGCAUGCAGUCUGGCAUCGUCUUGAUCGAUCCCCCGGAAGAAUGGAAACAAGAAAGGAAGGCCCUGGAUGAACUAGUCAAGACCAUCAAGAUCAAAAAUCCCCUCACGCAAGAGUUUCACGGCGCCCAAGGCAUCUAUACCCAGCGGAACAUGGAAAAAAUGCGAUCUUACAAUCUCCCUCAGUGGAAGUCACUCUGUGAACAGACUGAAAAUCAGCCACCUGCAAGACGUGGAGAAAAGAGGUUGAAUGCCGACAGACUACUUGGCAGAGGCACCACCAAGUCGAGGAAGUCUGACGCCUCGCCAGUUCCCGAGACUGGUAAGAGGGGCCCUGGACGACCGCGAACAAGACCAAUCAAGGAAGAACCAUCCGAUCAUGGUUCUACACUCCUCGCUCCACCAACCCCUACCAGUCCAGAAGUCAAGCCUGCAGCACUCGAUUCCACCCCUGCUGAUGAGGCCAACCGCGAAACCCCAGACCCUACACCUACAAAAGGCAAAAGAGGACGGAAGCCAGGAAGACCUCCUGGUCGUCAACCAAAAUCUACCGUCAAAAAGGAAGGUGGUGGCGCUGCGUCUGAAACCACCGUGGCUGCUCGCCGCCUCAGAAAUGCCCGAGAAGCUAAUGAGGACAUUGACGAGGAGGCUUUUGAAGAUUUCGAUUACCGUGUCCACGACAACGACCAAUGGACAUCCGAACGUUGCGAAGAGUUGGAAGACAAGUAUUGGAAAAGUCUCAAUUUCAGCAACCCCAUGUACGCCGCUGAUAUGCCCGGAUCGCUUUUUGACGAUGAUACUCAGUCAUGGAAUGUCGCAAAAUUGCCCAAUCUACUGGAUCUGCUCGGAGACAAGAUUCCUGGUGUAAACACGGCCUACCUAUACCUCGGUAUGUGGCGUGCAACCUUUGCCUGGCAUCUUGAAGACGUCGACCUCUACAGCAUCAACUACAUUCAUUUUGGCGCACCCAAGCAAUGGUACAGUGUCUCCCAAAAGGACGCCCCAAAGUUCGAGGCUGCGAUGAAAUCAAUUUGGGCUUCUGACGCCAAGAACUGUGACCAGUUUCUAAGGCACAAGACCUAUCUCGUCUCGCCCUCAAUCUUGAAAUCUAAAUAUGGUGUCACCGUCAACAAAGUUGUUCAUCGAGAAGGGCAGUUUGUCAUCACCUUCCCAAUUGGUUACCACUCAGGCUAUAAUCUGGGUUACAACUGUGCAGAAUCGGUGAAUUUUGCCAUUGAGAACUGGUUACAAUAUGGUAAAACUGCUCGGAAAUGUCAAUGCGAGGCCGAUAGUGUAUUCAUCGAUGUUGAUUGGUUUGUACGCAAGAUGAAUGGAGAACCGACUCCGGAGUAUGAAGAAGUCGAGGUGACAGACGACGAAGAUGAGCUUGAUGAACCUGUGGACUUCCCUACACCCCCGAGUAGCGAUCGUGGGAAAGUCAAGGGCUCCCAGAAACGGAAACGCGCUCCCAAGGAACUUGGCGCAAACAAGAAAGCUAAAAAGAUCGUCAAGAUCCGAAAGGUCAGCAAGAAUCAGCCGUGCUGUUUAUGUCCCAACGAUUUCGUCUGGGAGGAACUGCUCCCCACGAUACAUGGUCAAAGGGCACACAGAACUUGUGCAAUGUACACUCCUGAGACGUACAUUGCAAAUAGUGAUGGCAAAGAAAUGGUACACAACGUUGAAAACAUCAGCAAAGCGCGGCUGGAGCUCAAGUGCUACGAAUGUCGGCAAAAGAAGGGAUCCUGCUUUCAAUGUUCUUCGGCCAAGUGCACCAAAGCCUAUCAUGCCACUUGCGCAAUGCAGGCUGGUGUUCAAGUCGAUAAGGGUCCAAUUGCAGUCUGGCAUGAAGGGGUCGAGUAUCGCGAUAUCGGGUUUGACUGGAGAUGCCGACUUCACCGAACUGUCAAGCGGACCAGGAUCACCAGUGAACUUUCCGCCUGCAAUCAUGCGAAUAGCUGCUGGAGUAACAAGGAAUUCCGAGAAUUUCUGUUCAACCUCAAACCGGGUGAAUUGGUCCAGUUUCAAGCCACAAAUAGCGACGAUAUUGAGGCUGGUCUCGUCGUUGCCCCCUACGACGAUGGUCAGGACACCCUAGUUGUCAAGAUUCUCCCAGAGAUGAAGACAGUCAGAGAAGUCGAUCCUACCACAAUUCUCUUCGUUGAUAGCGCGACAUCUUGUCUGCAAAAACCAUCGGCGACUGCUUUGGAAUUGCCUGAGGAGCUUCAAGGAAAGACUGCAUCCAUGGCAGAUUCGACCGAGAAGAAACCAAGUGCAGGCGAUCCUUUCACAGAAGAACCGCGAACCGAAUGGGCUGAAUUUGCAUCUACAGUACCACCUGUAAAUGUGGCUCAAAAGGCUGUCAACUUUUCAAAGGAAAAACAAUUGUGGCUUUAUAUUGGUGAGACGUCAUCGGAAGCCAAGGCCCACUAUACGGCGGAUCCCGGUAAGCGUGUGCACGACAGUGCAUCGAACUUCCUGGAAACCGUCACACCGCCGAAACCUGUAAUGGCACCUCCUCCCCAACCAAAACGUCACUCAUUAGCCGCAUCCUAUCCAAUGCUUAACGUCGCUGCCCGUAAUGCUGCCAUGAUCAAUAAUAUGAGGCCGCAGCCGGUCAAUCAACAUGGAUCCACACUGCCGGGAACUUUCAAUGGGACAACGCACGAUCUGACCAAGAACACUAGUCUGGAAAAAUUUGCCAACCUCCAGAAACCGACACAAAUCAAGAAUUCACAGUAUCGUGAUAUGAUUGCCGGGCAAGAGGCACGCUUCAAUGAGCAGACCAGAAUUCUUCAACGACAAGCAGCAAAAUCCCAACAACUCGACGCGGCCGAUCGGGCCAACUCCAGUCCGCUUAGUCAUACUAGUAUCGGCAUCGAUCAUGAUGCGGUGCAACGACAGAGACAAUUUCAGAGUCAAGCUUCUCAGCAUGCGAAACAUAUGACUGAAUGGUCGAAUGAUCCAUCACUCCCGCCGUUGAAACAGUACAAUGAACCGUUUCCGAACUUCCAGACUGGUGAUGCCACUAACAGAUUUGGAGGAUCAUCCACGAUGAACUCGGCAAUGCGAUCACAGCAGUACAAUUACAGCAAUGACUGGAUGGCCCCAACUCUAGCUAAUGGAGGGUCAGGGUUUGUGUCCGCGCCGAACACUGGCAUGAACUCGAUGCUCCCAGUGUUUGGACCUCAACCAUCACCGUCGGCAACGAACCAUGCCUUCCCAUCAUACAUCCAACAGUCGCAUAUGCAAUUCCCAUAUCAGACCAAUGAGAAUCAUUCAUCCGGUUCGAUGGGUUCAACGUCUACCUUCCAAAAUCAUGGUUCACCCUUGGAUAACAUUCGAGCUGCCGCAAGUCAGCCACCUGCACCACCUCCUUCUGCUGAGGUGGAACGGCAAAGACGAAUCUCGAAUCCUGCAUACCCCUUCAAGAGUCCAGACCAGAUCAAGGCUCAAAGGGAAGCUGAUAAAAACACUCCUCCCGGGAGCCGACCCACGAGCUCAUACACAAUCCCAAGUCCUCGCGUACAACAUGACUCAUACCUUCACACAGGCUCGUCGGACAGCACCAUGCAGGUAUUGGAUCCUCAAAAUCCACCUCAAUUCAUCAAUCCCAAUGCGACCCAGAUAAGCCCCCCUGGAUCAAGUGCUGGACACCGAUCUGCGCGAGGAAGCUUCUCUGGACUAGGCUUGCAAUCUUCCAUGGCCCCACCUCUUCAGAAUGGAUCAAGAAGAUCACAAUCCAUGUCAAUGACAAUGGGUGGAUUUAUUGACCUGGCCCCCUUUCCUGCGAAUUCGAUGCCAUUCUCCAAUUACGUUCCUAAACGAUCAAUAUACGAUCCACUCAAUAGUGGAAUGAACCUCUUCAACCAACAAAAGCAACCACAGGUAUCAGAGCCACCAAUGGCACAGCCAUCGAACUCACUUGCUUUGAGCCUGGAGAAGAGGUCGUUGGGUUCAAAUGGACUGAUGCUAAAUGAUCGACCGACUCCAAAGCAGUUGGUUGAUUGGCAAGAACGAGGGGGUUUCUGGGGUAGAGUCUCGGGAUACUACAUCAACAAACAUCAGAUCUCAGCAACAGUGUACAAGUCACCAUUUAUAAACACAGGCAUCUGUGGACAACACCCUGAUGGAACUCUGGCCGACAGAUAUUACGAGAGCCUCGAACCGGACCAGAGAACGAAGAUCGAUCAUGUGCGCACAACGCCGAAAGACGUAUGA